UUAAAAUGGCGUUGUAUAUGAUUUUAUAGAAGUCAAUGCUUCCUUUUGGUAAGCUGAGAUCUAGAUCUGUUGGUUAAAUGAUAAAAAAAAAUAGCAGGGCAGCAAACAGGCCUAGACCUACUUAUUUACAGAACAUUUCCAUUCAAGCAUUCCACUGUCCUUUACCUAGGAAUUAAAAAAAGAAAAGAAAAUGUCUGCUUCAGUAUAUAACAACCCUUAUACUUACAAGCCGCAACAGCCCAAGAUUGAUUGGCCUCAAUAUUGCCAUGGAUGUUCACAAGUCUCUUGCAGAUUUGUUCUUGAUUCCAAGGUCUUAGCACUUGCAGUGCUGCUUCUGGGGGUCUCAAUUUUGGUAAUCAUUGGCAUGAUCAUUGCACCCUUCUGGUUUCAACUAGUGUUGGAUAAAACAGAUGGUACAUUUGGCUCUGAGCCAACAAAACUGGAACUCACUAUUGACACAGGCUUGUUUUACAUGAGGGACUCCAAAAUGGACAACACCCUCUUUAUGAAUAAAUUUACCACUAGCCGUGAAGUUAUUCCAAGAGUUCUGCAGAGUGCUCAAGUCUGUUCGGUUAUUGGCACAUGUGUACUUGUUGGCUGUUUCCUUGCUGGUGUCAUCCUCAUGAUUAGAGAGUUUGCUUCCGCAACAGCGCUAAUUGUUCUUGCUGGUGCAACUUCCAUGGCAGCUUUAUGUGAAGUUUUCGUAGUUAUUUUUGCUGGCAUCCUUCUGGGAAUGAGCACUUGCAAUCCUUAUGAAUCUACCGACUGCAAAUAUGAGAAAAAUCAAGUCUGGCGCAUGAUUCCCAUUUAUGAUCAGUUCUAUAGGAUUGAGCCACACAUCACUCCCUUUGUGAAACCUAAUUGGGCUUUCUACAUUGCCAUUGUGGGUGCUGCAAUCUCUGUUGGCAAUGCCAUUAUGUUCUGGAUUGAGGCUAUUAAAACUAACAGAAACUUGGAGCACAUAAGAUAUCAACAGCUGAGACUGACCCGUGACCCAUUUGAACAUGAUGUAGACCCACUGGCUGAAAAGAAGUAUGUUUACAAGCCACCAACUCAAAAAGGUCCUAACACAUUUGGAAUGCAGCCUGUGCUACAUGCUGGCCGCUCUGAAAACCUGGGCUACACAGACUACCCUAGACGUGAUGAGUACAUUCCACCUGCUAGCCUGAGACAUGAUGUAUCUUUCCAACCAUCGACACCUGAAGAAAAAAGGAGAGGCCCUCCUUCCUUUUCUAGUAGUGCAAGUGGUGCCAUUGUGUCACGAGAGAUAGAUCUGUAAGAUGCUCUCUGCUCAAUGCCUUCAUAAUUGAUUCCCUGCUGCUGAAUAGCUACACUGUUUUAUUGCAUUCCAUAGGGAUCUUUUUGUUCUGACAAGUUUGUUUGAUUUGAUUAGCUUAUAAAGAAGGGGGGGGGGGACAAUAGUUUAAUUUCCAGUACUGGUACUAAAUAAUUCCAACCCUUUUUUUAAAUUCACUAGUACUGUGAAUAUUUUUAGAAGAAAUCAAAAAUAGUAUUGAGCUAAUGUUUUAUUGUAAGUUAAGGUACUGUUACAAAUAAAAUAUAUACAUAUAUAUAAGAAGUGUUUAAUUUUUAUUUAAUACAUAAAGAAUUGAUAUUUAAGAUACUAAUCUACUCUAGUAAAAAAAGUAAGCAAAACAUAAACUAUAUAAAGAUAAGAUCUUGGUUGAAAGGUUGAUAUUGCAUUUCCAAUGUUUUACAUAGAUUGAUAACAAUAAGUCAUGUUUUUUUUUUAAUGUUAUUUAUAGAGAUUUUAAGGCCUUUGAUAGAUACUAUAUAUUCUAGACCUUUUGUAAUAUAGAUCUAACACUCUUACUGUGUAAAUAAAUAAUCUUUGUUGGAUAACAAAACUGAAUUCUGUAUAUAUUACUUUUACUUCUCAUUGAAAAUGCUAACCAUCACAAUGUACUGUAGUUUUUUUUUUUCCUAUUUUUGUUUUCAUCUUUAACUCAAUCAAAACAAUAUGAAAGAAGUUUGAUCGAUCUGAUAAACUAUUAAGUUCUGAGAACAAUUACAACUGCAGUAAUCAUUGCCCUAGAGCAGUGUUUCCUUAACGUAACAGUUGACACAUUCUUAGUAUUUACUGGAACACUUUGCUUAUUUUUUAACGAGAUUUUAAUUCAAGGGUUGCCUGAUUGUUAAUUAUUCCAGUUGUUUGAGGAACACCUAUUCAGGCCUCUGGGAACACUAGGGUUCAGCGGAACACAGUUUGGGAAACACUGCCCUAGAGUUUAAAAAACUAGUGACUUACAGGCUUUAGGUGAUAAUAAAGACUGCUUCCAAAAUAAUGCUUUGCAACAACUUCUGGAAGUGUAACAUUCAUUUGCUUCAAUUGUGGGAUCUUACUCCUAAGAAAAGAAAACUGAAUUGCACAUUUUAUCAUUCCAUUCAAUACUGUUUACAUCUUUUCUUACUUCCUCUUGACAUUGUAUACCCAUACAUCUAAAAUAUCUUUUUUUUUUUUUUUUUCUUCUUUAAAGUAUUACGAAACAUUCCUGUAAAUUCUUAGUUCAUUCCUAGCAUUGUCAAUAUACAAAAUAUUUACAUCAAUAAAUAUUUUUUAUACAAAUUUUCAUCUGGAAUUUUUUCUUUAAACAGUUUCAUAUACUGGUACUGGAAUAUUUCUCAAUGUUUUCUCAAUAAAUCAUUAAAUUUGUGGA